AUGUGUGGCUCAUCGAACUUCCCAUUGACAUACGAAACACCACCAGAUCCAGUGUCUUGCUUCGCCGCCGUGGAUGCAUGCAUUAAACAGCUUGGAAGGAUCGACAUCCUGUUCCACAAUGGUGCCAUGCUGAGUCCGAUAGUUCCAGUGGUCGACCACGACAUUGACGUUUUCAACAAAGUCAUCAUGACCAAUCUUUGUGGUGCAUUCUACCUGGCCAAGGCCGUGAUUCCCCACAUGAAAUCGGCUGGAAAGGGCGUGAUCGUAAAUACCGCAAGUGUUUCGGGGAUUGGAGGAGAUUAUGGUCUCUCUUCCUACAAUGCUGCCAAAGGGGGAUUGAUCAAUCUUACCAGGACGAUUGCCAUGGACCAUGCAAGAGACGGAAUUCGUGCAGUGACCGUCUGUCCUGGGUUCAUGGAUACUCCCAUGACUGAAGGAGUACUGCAAAACGAGAGGCUGAGGCAAGAAUUAUUCGAGAGCAUACCGAUGAAUCGCGGAGGGCAUCCAAUGGAGGUGGCUCAGUUGGUUCUGUUCCUUGCUUCCCACGAAGCAUCUUAUAUCACUGGACAUCCUUUUGUUGUAGAUGGAGGAUGGAUUGCUCGCAACCCCAGCCCAAACUGGUACAAGUACAUCGGAGGCACUCAGGAAUGA